AUGAUUUCCACCAAAAUGCUGAAGUCGCUUUUCUACCUCAUACCUCUGCUCAGCCUCACUCCUCCCGCUGCUGCUGCUCCUGCAGUAGGUGAGCAGAUCCCCCCGGCUGGUCAGAUACGGCUGUUCACCGAAGGCAAACUGGUAGGGGAUGCAGCCCUGACCUUCAACAUCGGCGGCGUACCCAGAGGCCAGACGUUCCUGAGGUUCGAGCGAAAAGGUCCGAACUCCUUCUUACUUGUCGAUUAUUCGGCGACACAGCGAGCUCAGAGAGACAACGGCGCAGUACUCGAAGGGCUGGAAGCGGGCGAAGGGGCGUUCUCGCUCCACAAGAGGUCUGGCGACAAGGAUGAGCACCUGGAUUGUGAUCUCGAUGGCGACUUCAAGGAUCCCAGCAAAGGCGUGUAUUGGGCUUUUACCUGGGACGAAGUGGGGGACUUCAAGACCGAGAUCUGUGCGGAGGAGUACAACGGUAUCACCUUGAAAUGCAAAGAUACCGAUGGCUCCACCUUCAAGCCGAGAUGCACGCGGUACUAG